UCUGCUGCCUCUGCGCCGACCCCUGCCUCUUUUGUUAUGCUGAUUAAGGCAACAGGCACCGUCUUUUGUUCGAGUCAGAGGACGCGAGAGAGAAAGAGAACGAGCACGGAGGGAUGGUCACGCUCCCCGUGACCUUUACUCUUCGCUUCUUCAACGUCACAAGGCGCGCGCAACAAAAGCGAGCCAGCAUCGGCUGAGUUUCUCACAUCGCGACGCGAGCGAGCUGAGGCUGACACAACUCUUCCGUUCACAUACGCUGGCACUGGACUCAUGCACGCUCGUUAAUCUAAUAUCUAACUAAAUGCACGCUCGUUAAUCUAAUAUCUAACUAAAUGCACGCUCGUUAAUGUAAUUUCUAACUGAAGGGAGUGCAAUGCAUAUUGUAAAAAAGCGAUUCAGCAGGUGGCUUCAGACUCUUAAAAUGACUUGAAGACGGGAUGCACGAAGAGGGACGCAGAUGCAAUAAAUAGAAGCUGGCCGCAGUCGUCAUGAAACUGAUGGGGGAAACGUAAAAACGGACUCUGGAGAGAACUUAAAACGUAAGACAAACACAAACACCGGAGAAAGGAGCCAUAACACUCGCUGGUUUCAGAACUUGGACAGCUCCCUCGGUCAGCCGCCUACACACAUCCACCGGGAGAGGAUUCAGCGGAACUACGGCACACAACCGACUCGGUAUUCACCCCUAAAACAUCGUGACGCCAUGGCAAGUGUGCUUCAGGGAGAGAAGCAGCUUUUUGAGAAGUUCUGGCAGGGCACGUUCAAAGCCGUGGCGAUGCCGAGACCCGAGAGCAUCAUCGUCGCCAGCAUCACCGCGCGCAGAGCCGUGACAAAAUUGGAGACAGCAGUCAGCCUAGCACCUAAAGACGAUGAGGAGAAAGCCAAAACGAAAGAAGCAGUUGCAAAAACUCAUGAGAAAAGUGGACACGAGAAGCGCAGAGGACGUAAACGGCACAGUCACCGUCGAGCUCGCAGUGUCUCUUUUGAUUCUGAUCUUUCACCUCGGCCGGUGCCUAAAGCAAAGAAAAAGAAGAAGAAGUCACAGAGAAAGAGGAGGAGACACAGAUCUCCCUCCUGCAGUCCAUCACCUGUGAGGAAGAAGAAGAAAAAGAAGAGCUCAAAGAAAAGGAAGCGACAUAGGUCUGCCUCAAGGAAGGGACGUCACAGUGGCUCGAGUCCCAGAAGUAAAAGAAAGGAGGACAAAAAGCAUAAAAAGAGGGCAAGGAGCCACUCUCAUCGCAGACACCGGCGCCGGAAAGCUGAAAUUAGGAGUUCUUCCUGCAAGGAAAACAGAUAUGAAGAUUGUGGAAAAUCUGGUUUGCAAGACGGUGGCCAUUCAUCAGCUGUCCGUGGAGGCAACUCAUGCAGGUCGGCAAUCAAGCUGACCAGUAAAAUCUCCUCUAAGUGCUGCUGCCACUUUUCUGAAAGCACCGUCUCGCCAUCGCGUCCUGGGGUUGAGGGUUUACACAAAAUGGUGAUCGUCCAGGACUCGAUGUCCAAUAAGGGAAAAGGACAUGCAGAUUACGAUUCAGGAAAUGACACGUCCUCUCCAUUGUCCAGUAAAACGGGCAUCCCAAAGUCAAAGGUGUCCGUUAACGGAAAGUUCAGAUGUCAGGAUCUGACAUCUCCUGAGAAGCUUAGGCUGAACGACGGGGACAAUGCUUCAGAUUCAGGCAACUCUCUAACCAGCUAUGACUCUUUGGGUAAACCAGUGCUUAAAGAAAACACACUACACAGCUCCGUCUUCAACAAGUUCAAAGGUGAAGAAGCGGGCCGGUGUUCUGAUUUGGAGAAGACACAGCCCCUGGGUGUCGUCACUGAUAGGAAUCGGAGUCCGUCUUAUGAUAGAUAUCAGGAUCGAGCGAGGUCUCGAAGCAGAAGCAUAUCAUCCCAAAGCAGAUACUCAGGACGCUAUUCCAGAAGCCGAUCCCUGUCCCUCGGGAGGAGAUCAUAUUCCCGUUCAUCCAGUUAUUCCCUGGAUUCUAGGAGAGACAGUCAGUCUAGUGCGAGCAGUCUGCGCAGUUUAAAUCACUCACGGUGCACGCUAGACAGGUUUCGAGAGCGGAAAAGAGACUGCAGUUCCUGCAAGAGUAGAAAACACAGCAGAAGAAGACCUCGCUCUCCAAUGAGGAAGAGAAGAAGAGAUUCCCCCAGUCACCUGGAAGCCCGGCGAAUUACAAGUGCCAGAAAGCGUCCGAUCCCAUAUUACCGUCCCAGUCCCUCCGUCAGCAGCCGAUCCUCCAGCAUCUUGUCCUGGCGUCUGUUUUCUCUCAAUCGCAGCCGUUCACGGAGUCGCAGUCACACUUACUCGUCGUACAGGAGCUACAGUCGCAGCUCGUCGUGGAACUCUAUGUACAGCAGACGCAGUCGCAGUCGGAGCAGAAGCUAUGAGUCAGUAGUGAGCUACAGCAGAGCCCGGCGCUAAUUCACAGAAGAACUGAGCUACAGCACAAUCCCAGGACCACAUCUCACUGUAACUGAAAGUGAAAUGGAGCGGCGCUGAGAAGAACAUGCUGUGCUUAGAUGUGGAACACCAGGCAGUGACAGGAUCAUCUGUUCAGUGUCAGAUAAGACUGAAGCUUUCCAUAUUGUUGUGUACUAAACUGUGUGCUUUCAUCCAUCCCGCUCAAAGGAAAACUUGUCUAUCAAUCACAAAGCCUGCUGUUGUAGAAAAGACCGGACCGGGAAAUUCAAUCUGUGAGUUCUGCCAUACCUAGUUUUGCUCAUAGGUGUGAGAAUACUGCUAGUCGUUUAUCAAAGGAAGUGCAGGGUCACCGUAAAAGCCCAUGUAUGAAUCUAAUGUAUUUGUUUCAUAGGAGAUGUCAGAAGCGCUUGAGGAGACAGAUUUAUUGCUUCCAUAACAGCUGCUUCUGUGUUGCCCACACCUUCGCUUUGAAAUAUGUGCCAUCCGAAUCGGCCCCAUUGGCAAGCGCACGCCCCAUCGGCUCAAAUGCCAGCUUUAUUUAUCUUCUGUUGAACUGGAAAACAAUUCAAAUGUCAUUGUCUGUGAUGGAGAUGGUGGACAAUCAAAAUGCAGCGGAUGUGCUCCACUGGCGGGAAACGUUUUCCGGGUUUUUACCAAAUGCAUAAACAUACAUAUUAAUCUCACAGACCUAUUUUUAUCCGUAGGAUUCGAGGCUGCGUCUGAACGAACCUAGAAAAGGUAUAUGUUCAAUGUCCUGUAGUUUAUGAGGUACAAAGCACUGCUAUAAUCAAUAAUUAGGAUUAUUAUUAUGUCAAUUUCGAGAUGCACUACACUUGAGAUGUGUUAAAUUGUAUGUUAUUUUCAAAUAAUAUUAUUAUUUUUUAAUCAGAGAUAAUUUCUUAGUGCAGUUCGGAUAUUUAUUAUUUAGACCGCUUGAAUUAUUUAUAAGGUGAGACCUUUGAUAUUCACAUAGAAAAAGUGUUUUGUUCGUAUCAUUUAUCGUAUCGUAUCGUAUCAUUCAUUUCUGACUAGUUUCCGUUUGUUUUCCUCUGUUUAAAGAUCCAGUCCUGCAUUAAUUAAAGCACACACAAUGAUGUUUAUAAAUAUGAAUGAUUUAUAAAGCAUAUUUAUUGGUUGCAUAUUGGUUGAAACGAUUACAGACCGGGAAAAUGAAAAUGGCUGUCAUAAGAAAUCAGUCCGAGUGACUAGAUCUAGGACUUUUCUCGAAGGAUCAAAGAUAUAUAUUUGCUGUGCCAUAACGCUUGAUGAAGCGGCGUGUAAAAAUCAUCACCUUCAUCAUGACAGAUGAUGGCAGCUUCUUUGUUUCUGUGUCAUAAAGUCUAACGAAGGCAUGGUGAUCUCUAUGCACUGUACAUUAUUAGAUGUCUGACUGUUGUGAAUUCUGACUCUUGUACAGAUAAUAAGUCGUAGACGAAAGAUGAAAAACGUGAAAGUGUAUCGCAAAUGUUUUAUGUUCCUGAAUUCAUCUUGUUCUCAAACCGUAAAUGAGUUUAGUAAAUGAUUAUGUAAAUCCGUUGUGUAAAUAUGCCAACGUUUAGUGCGGCAAUAUUAGGCAUGGGCUUUAUUUAUUGAGAUGGAGUAGCGAUGCUGACUGUUGACAAGGCUGGCUUUCUAAUUUACUAAAUUUGCAUUCCCCACAAAAAAAACAUGCUGAAAUUUUGCCAUGAAUCCAACCGAUUUCACCAAAUCUGGCUUCUGUGAUUGCAAAAAAUAUUGCAAACCCCUGUAAUAUGAGUUAUUUAUUUAUUUUUGCACAGAAUAAAAAAUAAACGAGCAAGUCUGUGUUUUAGCGCAAAUUUCUCAAUGCAGGAUGCCAGGCUGGAAGACUGUGUCAAGAACAUUCCCAAAUUUCAAUUAUUCCCCAAUGUAUAUACACUGUUGUCUAUGUGCACAAGAAUAUCAGUGUCUCCCUCGCUAAAGUAAAUUAAUGACUAGUUCUCUGUGGUCUGAUUAUGUAAUGAUAUUCAAAGAUUUCUAAAUAAAUUAUUCAUCUUAUAAUUUC